UUAUUUUUAAUAUAAAAAAGUAGCAAGUCGACAUUCACAUAUGGAUUAUGGAGGUCUCUUUUGUCAAAAUAGAACUUUUUAAAAUCCGCCCAUUAAUUUACCAAUAAAAAUAUAUUACAAAACAUGUUUAAUAAACAAAUUUAUUUUCUUGAAAAUGUCAAUUGUCAAGUAUAAAAAAAAAAAACAGUAAAUAAAAUAAACCACAUAAUAAUCGUUUAUUGUAAAUUGAUUUUAAGUUUAAGCAAGACAAUAGAAUAAAAAAUAAUGAGAUAAAAAAAAGUUAAAUAAAAUAAAUAAACAUCUUAGAUAGUUGGAUUAAAUUGUAUUAGUGUUGUAUAUAUAUGUGUGUUGAUACCUUUUGACAAGUGUUUCGUGUGUUCUACCUCGCCGCACCUGUUUCCUUGUCUUUACCACAAAAAAAUACAAACUUGAUACUUCAACAAAUAAAUUCGUUACAAUAGACAUCCUGCUGUAUAUAUUUUUUUUUGUAAACUCAUCAAGUAAAUAAAUUAACAAACAUUUUUUAAAUUGUCAUAAAUAUGACCUAAUUGUUAUUAAUGUUUUUUAAAUAAAUAAAUAAUUGAAAUUUAGAAACAAUAGUGGAGCAAAUUUGAUUGCGAAAUGAUGAUGAAUUGGAGUUGAAAAAUUUAAUUAUAUAUGUAGUUGGGAAUGUCAGGUGGAUAACAGUAGUAACGAGUAUGGAGGUGAAAAAAAUAAGUGAAAUAAAUGACCAACAAAUGUCCAAUGAUGUUGGAAUUAUAACUGGUCAGUGUGAUAAGUCAAUAGAAAACAUCAUCAACAACAACGAUGAUAAUUCAUUAGAAAAUAUACAAAAUGAAUCAUCAACAUGUCCAAAUAAAGAAACACCAAAUGAUGUUAAAAAUAAAAAAGAUAUAAUUAUCAAUACUACUGAUAAUGAUCAUCAAGAUGAUACAACAGAAUCAAUUGAUAAAUUAAAUUCAGUUGCUGGUGCACAGAGUCCAACAGCUCUUGCAUUUACAAUUGAUUUUAGUGAUGAAAAAAAAGAUAAAAAUGAUACAGCUAAAUAUCAAAAUUUAUUUCAAAGAUUUAAUGCAAGACAUAGAAGAAAUUUUUCAACUUCUCAGCUUGAAGUUAAAAAUAGUAAAUCAAGCAAUGAUUUAUCACCAAAUUUUAUACAAAAAAAAAAACCAAUGAGCAUUAAUUCAGAGGGAUAUUUUAGCAGUGAAGAUGAUACCAAAAGAAAAGUCGAUCGAUUAUCAAAAAAAUUGCAAGAAUUAGGUUUAAAAACAAAUACAAAAGGUGCUAUAAAAAAAACUGACAUAAUGACAAGAUCAUUGACAGAAAACAAGUCAAUAAUAAAACGUCGUUCUUAUUGUGAUGAUGACGAUGAAGAAGAAGAACAACAACAGCAAAAAACGUCCAACAAAAUACGUCCAGAAAUGACAUAUUCAGCAACAAUGAAUGAUUUAAGUAGAAUACAAAAAUUAAAUUCAAGUAUUGAAGAUAAUGAACGCUCAAAUUGUGUUAAAUAUUCACCAGAAAAAAUAUACACAAAAAAUAUUGAAUAUAUUAAUAUUAAUCAUGAAUAUAAUAAUGAUAAAAUAAUACAAAAUGUUAAAUUAACAAAUAUAAAUUAUUUAUCUGAUAAUGAUGAUAAUAAUAUAAAAAGAAAAAUUAAAAAAAAAAAACAUACAAAUACACAAAUAAUGAGUGUUAGUUUUACAAGUGAACAUGUAUCAAAUAGUUCAACAUCAAAUAAAAAUUUAGAUGUAUUUAAUGUUAGUAAUAUUGAUGAUAAUUCAGAUGAUACAAUAAGUGAAACUGGUACAUAUACAAUACAUAAAGAUUAUACAGAUGAAGAAAAAGCAAGAAUGGAUAUUGAUAAAGAAUUUAGUGUUGGUAUAUUAACUGAAGAUGAAAAAAAAAAUAAUGAAUUAUAUAUUAAUAAUAAAUUUAAUAUGCGUUGUACACAUGAUAAUAAUACAUGGAUUAAAGAAUGGGCAACACAAGUUGCUGUACAUAAUUUAGUACCAAAAAAUGAUGUUUUAAAUGAUGGACGUACAACACCAUCAAGUCCAACAAAAAUACCAUCACCAAUAUAUUCAAAUUCAAGAAGACAAAGUAAAUCGCGAUAUGAACAAAGUGAUAGUAGUUUAGAUGCUGAUAUACAACAAAAAUGUGGAUUAAAUAAUUCAAAUAAUAAUAUAAUUGAUUCAGGUGGUGAAUCUGAUGAUGAUACUAGUAAUAGUUAUCCAACACCACCAUUAACUUCACAACGUACAUCAACACAUUCAACACUUGUACGACGUGGUAGUUUAACUGAAGCAUUAUUUAAACGUGUUAAUAAUAAUGAUGGUCGUCGUAGUAUGAGAAAAUAUCAAGAUGAAAUAACAUUUGAUAUACCAAAAAGUCCAUCACAUGUAUUAGCACGUAUGAAAGUUGAACGUUGUAAUUCAUUGGAUAGAAAAGAUCAUUAUUCUGAUACACAAGAAUCAAAUUCAUCAAGACGUAGUAGUAUACGUAAUGAUGAUAAUAAUAUUAUAAAACAUACAAAUAGUCCAAUAUUAAAUCGUUUAAAAUUAACAACAUCAAAAUUAACAAAUAGUCCAAUAUUUGAUAAUAAAAAAAUAACAAAAAAUAAUAUUAAAUCACCAAGUUUUGAUUGUCAAAAAAAAUUUACAAAUUAUGAUAAUAAUAAAAGUAAAAAUAUUGAUAAAAGUUCUUAUAUACUUAGAAAAUCAAAUAGUACAUCAAAUUAUCGUGAAAUAAUAAAUGAUAAAAAUGAUUAUUAUCAUCAUCAUAAUUAUCAAAUAAAUAAUAGUCCAUUGCUUCAACGUAAUAAUUCAAUAAAACGUUCUUCCAGUAAUAAUAGUAUUCGUAAUACUAAAGGAUUGACUAGAUGUGAUAGUUUUAAUGAUAAACAUUGUGAAAUUAAUCGUAAAAUUAAAAAUAAAAUAUCUGGUUCUGAUAGUAGUAGUGAAACUGGUGAAAUACAUCGUCAUCAUCAUCAGCAAAAACAUCAACAACAACAACAACAACAGCUACAUGUACCACCAAUAUCAUCUGGUAUUAAAUUAAAUCGUGCAUUUAGCAUAAGACGUGGACGUUUAAAUAAUGAUUCAGAUACAACAUCAAAUACAACAACACCAGAAGAAAGACGUCGUCGUGGUCAAUCAGAAAUUAAAUCAGCUCCAACAUCAGCAAGACAACAAAAUUAUCAUCAUCAUCAUCGUGAAAGAACAAAUAGUGCUGGUGCUAGUAAUAAAGAUACAUUUAAAAAAUCUGAUAUAUUAACAAAAGACAAACAAAGAGGUCCAUCAUUAUCAAGAAAUGAAAGUGGUAGAUAUAGUAUACGUGGACAAAAACUAAAUAAUAAUAUUAAUAGCAAUACACAAAAUAUACAAUCAAGAAUAAAUCAAAAAAUAAAUAAAGAUAAUAAAAAUUGUGGUCGUAGUAAUUCAACAUUAACAUCAAAAGAAGUUGAAUUUCAAAAUUGGAAAAGAAGAAAAAAUUAUAAUCCAAUGUUAGCAGCAUCUGAGGGAAAAAAAAAACCCCAAGAUAUAACAAAAAAAAAUAUUGAUGAUACAACAAAUGAUUGUCGUGAUAAUUCAGUUUUAAGAUCAGCUAGUUUCCAUGGUACACGUGGUACAUUAUCACUUGCUGGUGAUGAUUGGUCUGAUAAUGAUAAUAAUUUUAAUGAUUCAAAUGAGAUAUUACAAAUACCACCACCAUCAAGUCCACUUGAUGGUAGUGAUAGUGAUUUAGAUACAUCAUCAUAUUUACAAACAACGCACAAUGUUGUAACAGCAAUGUCUGCUAGAAUGAAUGUUUAUCAUCAUUCAAAUGAACCAGUUGAUUCUGGUGGUGAAAGUGAUGAUGAUACAAGUCAUAGUUUACGAAAUAAUAAUAAUAAAAUACAUAAUCAAGUUAGUGAUACAGAAAGUAGUGAUGAUCAACAAGCUAUUAAUAGUAAAAAUUUAACAAAAUUUAAUAGAUCAUUUGGUAUACGACGUGGACGUGAAAUUCAUGAUACAGAUAUUAAAAUACCACAAAUUAAAAAUCAACAUAAUUUGUCAAAUAAUAAUAAUACUAGAACAAUUGCUAGAACAGAUUCAGGGAGAUUUAGUAUGAGAGCAUCAAAGACAAAUAAUAAUGUUAACAAUGUCAAAGGAAAAACAAAAGAAGAUAAGAAAAAAUUAAUGCAGCAACAUUUAAAAGAACAAGAAAUGCAAAAUUGGAAAAGACGAAAAAGCUAUAAUCCAAUGCAAGCUGCAAUGAUGGAUGCUAAACGAAAAACCAGUAUGGCUAAAAAAAAUUUAAACGAGUCUUCUAGUGUUUUAAGAUCACAGAGUUUUCAUGGACCAAUGAAUCUUGGAAUUAGUGAAUGGAGUGAUGAAGAUAUAUCAGCAUCAGCUGAUGAAGCUCCAAUCUAUUGACUUUCUAAAAUAGACAAAUUUAUUCUUGAUGCCAAGUUUGUUUAAAAUUAAAUUUCCAUGACGUUUAUUAAAAUUUUUAUUUACAUAUUUUGUUUUUACAAUUAAUUUAUAUUUUCUUUAUAGAAAAAAAAACAUAAUGUGAAAGUUUACAAUACAAUUUUUAUAAUUAAGAUGAAAAAUAUAUAUAAAAGAAAUUAAUUUACCAUUGAUCAUAUACAUUUUUAAAAUAGGCAUUUUGAUUUUUAGAUUAUCUUAAUUGUACAGAAGAUAAAUAAAUCUUUCAAUCAAUUUGUUUAAUAUAUAUUUUCGUAUGUUACGAUAAAAAUAUUGUUCAGUUAUUAUAAGCUAUUUUGUUUAAGCUAAUUUUGCUAUUUUUUAUCUUUUUGAAGUAUAUAUAUAUUUUAUUUUUAGAUAUAUAUAUAUGCCUCGUUUGAAUAUUAAUUAAUUGAUUAAUUAUAUUUAAAAAAAUACGCCAAAUUUAUAAAUUUGUUAUUAUAAAAAAAAAAAAUAAUGUUUUGUAUAAAUAAAUAAAUUUUCUUUCUGUCUUAAAU